UCUGUGCUGCAAUUACUUUGCUACAAUCCAUUCCACACAGCGCAUGAGUGGUAGGUAUAUCUACAAUAUUUGUUUCCCGACAGCACAUAUUGGAGCUGAGUAGCAGCAGCCAGCAGAAAGCUCUAGAGCAGAUAGCCGAAAAUCAUUCUACAAACCGGUUAACGCCGGUCAAAUGUACAUGUCAUUCUAACCUAAGAUCAAGAUAAAUUUAUCAACAAUGAUUUAUCAAUUGUUUGUGUGUAUUUUAGUGCCUUCAAUCAUAGCACAACAAGUGACAUCUCCUCAGGGCACUCUCAAAGGAUUGUUCAAAAAGUCUGAAUUCGGCCGACAGUUUGAAGCCUAUUUAGGUAUUCCCUACGCCAAACCACCUGUUGAAGAACUCCGCUUCAAGAGUCCAGUACCUUUUGGAAAAUGGGAAGGAGUGAGAAGUGCUGUGAAGGAGGGCUCCAUUUGUUUGCAGCAAAGUGUUUGGAACCCAGACAAUGCGGAAGAAGUUGGGGAAGAAGACUGCCUCUACUUGAAUGUCUACACACCCAGUUCAGCCAAGCCCAAAAAAUACCCUGUGAUGGUGUUCAUUCAUGGAGGUGGAUUCGAAGGAGGCACAGGCAACGAAGUCAUUUACGAGCCUGAUUAUCUCUUGGAUAAAGAUAUUGUGCUGGUUACUCUGAACUACAGAUUGGGAGCGCUUGGAUUCGCCAGUACGGAAGACGUUGAAUUGCCAGGGAAUUUCGGCCUGAAAGAUCAAUCGUUGGCUUUGAAAUGGGUGAAGGAGAAUAUUGCUGCUUUCGGUGGCAACCCUGACUCGGUGACAAUAUUUGGGCAGAGUGCGGGCGGAGCGAGUGUGCACUAUCAUAUGGUCUCGCCUCUCAGUCAAGGUCUAUUUCACAGAGGCAUACCGAUGAGCGGCACCGCGCACUGCCCUUGGGCGCUGAGUGCCCCCGGCGUCAUUGCCAAGCGCACCAGAAAGUUGGCAACACUGGUCGGCUGCCCGGCCGAGCCAUCCGCUCUGCUCGUCGAGUGCCUCAGGAAUAUUCCCGCCUACCUCCUCAUACACCUUAAAACCGAGUUCCUGGAAUGGGACAUGGAUCCUGUGAUAACAUUCACACCAGUUAUAGAGCCAGUUGGUGUGAAGGAUGCCUUUCUGACCGUUGACCCCUACACGACACCUACCAAACUGCCAACAAUGCUGGGAUUCACAUCUCAAGAAUCUGCAUUCAGGAUAGCCAUGUUCAUGUCUGGUAAGAAAGGACUGGAAAACUACUUGGAUGACCUCAACAAUGACUUCGAUGAUUUGGCUCCAAUUUCUCUGCUGUAUGACCACACUGCCAAGAAUCCAAGUCAAAUUACAAGCGAGAUAAAAAAGUUCUACUUUGCAAGCAAAAAUAUCACGAAAGAAGUUUUACCUGUUUUGGGAGAUUUGUACACUGAUUGCUGGUUCAGUCAAUGCUCUCUCUCGUUUGUGAGACUCCACAAGGGACCUGGGCCUGUCUAUCUCUACCUGUUCGCUCACACAAGUGAAUACAGUUCAAGCUUUAAACAAUCGAAUUCGACCGAGUACUUGGGUGUUAAUCAUGGCGAUGAUCUGAAUUUCCUUUUCCCAAUGAAAUCCGCUGUGGAUAGGACCAAAGGGCUUUCCGUUGCAGACAAGAAUAUGAGAGAAGAGAUGUUGACAUUCUACACCAAUUUUGCUACUUUCGGCAAUCCAACUCCAAAAGAAACUGAGAACUAUCGCGACAGACCGAAAACAAAGAUUGUGAAGUGGACUCCAUCGUCAGCAAAUAACAUGGAAUACUAUCACAUCGAAGGAGGAAAAAUCAAGAUGGAUAAGAAGCCCAUCGAUAAGAGGGCACAGUUCUGGAAAAAUCUGCAAUGGCGACCAAGUGAUCUCAAAAAAAUAACAACAUACACAAGAGAUGAACUGUGAUUCCUUAAUACCACUGAUCACAACCGCAAAUCCAAAAAUUGUGCAAAGAAUUCAACAAAAUGCUCUCAUACUGUACUCUAAUUAAACUAAAUCACUUGCAAUUUUCAACUAGACUCAACCUUCUGUAUCUUACAAAAGGACUUAAUUGAUUUUUGUGGUACAAUAGUAAUUAUUUUAUUGAUAAUAUAAAUCGAUGUUUUUUUUAAUAAUAAUUUGAUUUACAACCAAAGUCUGCAUUCAAAGCUAUUAAAGAAAUACGUUUUCCUCCA